UAGACAUAGAGAAAACAAAGGCUAUAUGUAUUCCAAUAAGAGGAUUGCCUUGCACAAUGUUACCGAAACAAUCAUUGGAAAACUUGACCACAGCGUAAAGCUUCAUUCAAAACUGAUUCAUAAAUCAACAGAGAAGAAAAGAAGUAACAGAAGAAAGAAAAACAAGAUUGCUUCAAAUGAAGGGUGUUGCCUACGGAGACGCUUCAAUUUCUGCAAGCAUGAAAUCCAGAGCUCCAAUACCAGUGAAGGCAAUUUUUACAGCAUGAACAACUGUCAUCAAAACAUCAAUGAGCCUAACUUAUCUAACUAUAAGGGGGUACAAAUGGCGCUUUCCAAAAAAUGUAUAGUUGUUAAGGUAGACGAAUAUAGAACAAGCAAAGUGUGCAGCAGCUGUGGUAAUGAGUUACAAAAUUGUUAUGAACUAGCGAGCUCCAUGGCUUGUUAUCACAGAAAAAGAAGAAGGCUGAAAAAUGAAAAGAGAAGUAGACAAGUCUGUUUGGGGGCAGACAAGAAAAUUAUGUGCAAGAGUGGCGAGUGUGUCGAAAGAAGAGUACCAGGUAUUUUCAAAGGAAUUUAGAAUGUAGAAAUGUUAACAAUGAAAUAGCCCAGCAGCAGAGCAUUUACCCAUUGAAUGUGUGCAGUCACUGUUCAGUUGGUAAUCGUAUGCGAGUAAGUCGAAUAUCUGUUUUUUAUAUGUACUAAUAACUUGAUACAGUUUCGAUAGAUCUGGAAUCGAGAUGUGAAUGCAGCAAGGAAUAUUCGGUCAAUUUUGACAAACUAUAUUUCAUCUAGCUACGAUAUUCAAUCAAGACCAGAAUCACUUCAAAGAGGC